AUGCCGAAUAUUCCACCGAUCAAUUCAAGAGUGUACGUCGGUGGUUUGGGUGAUCAAACGAAAUUGGAAGAAUUUGAGGAACUUUUCAAAGACUUCCAACCCUAUCAGGAUCUAACAUUGCUUCGGGGAUUUGGGUUCAUACAAUUCCACGAUGCAACAGCUGCACAAGAUGCGAUCAACGUAAUGAAUGGAAAAAUGUUCAAUGGCCGUAAAUUAAUGGUAAAAGUUGCAAAUGAUAACAGAGCAAAGAAAGGACUGCUUCCCCGAGGAAGCACAACAGCAAACUCUUCUGCUACCAUUCCGGGCAUAGUCCGUGAACGUUCUCCUGUUGAUGGUGUUCAUUCAAUCAAUCGAGCAUAUCAUCAUGCACAGCAAUAUAGUGUUGCUAGUUUAAGCAGCAUCUACCCGGAAACUCCUAUUGGACAAGCCCCGCAUCGAGGAGUUGAAAGCAAUGAUUGUGAAAUAAUAGUCGUUUCCAAGGAGCUUACGCCAUAUGCAGAGAGCAUUGAGACACGGCUGAAACGAGCAGGUCUAAGUGUCGAUCUGCUGUUUCCAAACAAUGAUGUGGCCAUCGGUAAAGUUCUAGCAAAUAGAGCUUCACAGGGAACAUUCUAUUGCAUCGUUAUCACUCCUGAAAAUCAAGAACGCAACAGUAUUACCGUUAACGUAUUGUACGGUAUUCCGGCAGAGCACCGCAAUAUGCCUACAGAUGAUGCCAUAAAUUUCAUAGUAACAAAUUUCAACGAAAAAAAAAGAAAAGAAAUUGCAUCACUUAGCGCUGCCUCCGUUUACCAUCGAAUAGGCUCAGCAGCUCCACCUCAGCCAGCGCAAGCACAACCUGCUCAUCAAUUACAUGGCAGUGAGCCAAUCGAACAAGAUAAACAUCCGGAAGCUAUACAGAAUAUGAUCAAUUCAUUGGCUGCGAAUCGUUCAUUAACAGUUCUGCAGUACGAGCGGCUUAUAAAGUAUUUAACUGAACGAAAAGAACUGCAAAUACGUCUUGAGUUGGGAGACGACGUGGAUACUAAUACUGCAAGCUCGUUGAUUCCGCCAAAUGUUAUUCCUAAUGUUGCUGUGCCCAAAACUAAGCAAGAAUCAGAGAAAGAACUUCAGAAGAAAAUUCUCGACAUCAUGAACAAACCUUCCAUCAUAGGUAUUGUGAAAGCUAGCACUGGAUACGACAGUAGCGCAAAUAAUGAAAAUAAGUUGGAUAACAGUCAUUUGCCAACUUCAUUUCUUCUGCAUGACCCAAAAGUUCAGCGCGCAUUGGAUUCGUUGUUGCAGAAUCAACUAUUUUCUAACGUUAACAUAGGGUAUAAAAUCUAAACAACGGU